AUGUAUAAAAGACUUAUUUGUUUGGUUGCCAUGAGUUCCUCUAAAACGUUUUUUCUGCUGACAUUUUCUGCAGUAGCUCUAAUUUUAGUUGCCGAGAGUUACAGAGAAACACCAUUAAUAGAGCAGGAAAAGGAGAUGGAGACAUUACUCAACCAUAUCAAUAAACCUGCAAUCAAGAGCUUCCAGGCAAAAUUUAGCCUUCCAACAAAUUAA